AUGGCGUCGGUAACCACCAGCGCAGCCGCCGCCGGGCCACACCUCGACCGGCCCCACGUCGUGCUUGUGGCUAGCCCCGGCGCAGGCCACCUCAUGCCGAUGGCCGAGCUGGCGCGGCGCCUCGUGGCACACCACGCCCUCGCGGCCACGCUCGUCACCUUCGCCGACCUCUCCGGGGACCCUGACGCGCACUCCGCCGCCGUCCUUUCCUCCCUCCGCGCGGCGAACGUUUCCACCGCCACGCUCCCUGCAGUCCCGCUCGACGACCUCCCCGCCGAUGCCUGCAUCGAGACCGUGCUCCUCGAGGUGAUCGGCCGCUCCAUCCCGCACCUUCGCGCUCUGCUCCACGACGUUGGCAACACCGCCGCCCCGCUGGCCGCGCUGGUGCCUGACUUAUUCGCCACCGCGGCGUUGCCCCUCGCCUCCGAGCUCGGCGUCCCGGGGUACAUCUUCUUCCCCAGCAACCUCAGCGUGCUCUCCGUCAUGCGAAGCGCCGUGGAGCUCAACGAUGGCGCCGGCGCCGGCGAGUAUCACGACCUCCCGGACCCUCUCCCGCUUCCCGGGGGCGUGUCGCUACGCCGCGAGGACGUGCCGAGUGGGCUCCGAUACAGCAAGGAACCGGCCUACGCGCAACUCAUCCAAGUGGGCCGCCGGUACCGAACCGCUGCCGGCUUCUUGGUCAACACUUUCUACGAGAUGGAUCCGGCGACCGUGGAGGAGUUUAAGAAGGCGGCACAGCAAGGCAGGUUCCCGCCGGCUUACCCGGUGGGCCCGUUCGUCAGGUCAAGCUCCGACGAAGGCGGCGUGUCGUCGCCGUGCAUAGAGUGGCUGGAUCGGCAGCCGACGGGAUCCGUGGUGUACGUUUCCUUCGGGAGCGCCGGCACGCUGUCCGUGGAGCAGACGGCGGAGCUCGCCGCCGGGCUGGAGGACAGCGGGCACAGGUUCCUCUGGAUCGUGCGCAUGCCAAGCCUGGACGGCGAGCACUCCGACGACAUGGGUCGGAAAUCCCGUGGCGGUGGCGACGAGAACGAUCCCUUGGCUUGGCUUCCAGAGGGGUUCUUGGAGAGGACCCGGGGGCGUGGCCUCGCCGUGGCGUCGUGGGCGCCGCAGGUGCGCGUGCUGUCCCACCCGGCGACGGCCGCCUUCGUGUCCCACUGCGGGUGGAACUCGACGCUGGAGAGCGUCUCGUCCGGCGUGCCGAUGGUGGCGUGGCCGCUGUACGCGGAGCAGCGGAUGAACGCCAUGGUCCUGUCGGAGAACUUGGGCGUGGCACUGCGGCUGCGCGUCCUCACGGACGACGGGCUGGUUGGGCGCGAGCAGAUCGCGGCGGCGGUGAGAGAGCUGAUGGAGGGGGAGGAUGGGCGCGCCGUGCGGCGCCGGACGGGGGACCUGCAGCAAGCGGCGGACCUGGCGUGGGCGCGGGAUGGAUCGUCGCGCCGGACGUUGGAGGAGGUCGUCGGCAGGUGGACGGCGGGUGCGCUUGGCAAAGUAUCUGUCGUUUCGUCGUCGUGA